AUGGCUACCGAAUUUUCAUCAUCGAAUACCUCAGUUUGUACGAAACGAGCUCUUAUCAUUGGUAACAAUGAAUACAGGGAAAAUAGUCCACUUCGAUAUUGUAUCAAUGAUGCUGAAGAUCUUGCUGACAAAUUACGUAGAAUUAGCUUUGAAAUCACAGUUGGUACUAAUUUGACAUAUGAACAGAUGAAUACAAUGAUCGAAACGUUUAAUGACAAGAUAAAUGAAGGUGAUCUUAUUCUUUUCUUUUUUGCGGGCCAUGGAUGUCAAUGGAAUCAUCUAAAUUUUCUCAUCCCCAUUGAUGAUGAUCGAAUUACAACAGGUGCUGAUCUUGAAGAUCGAGCAGUAAAUGUACAAGAUACGCUUGAAAAGAUUAUGUGUCGUCAUCCGUCAGCAGCUAUAUUUCUUCUUGAUUGUUGUCGAAAUAGUUUUGUAAGCGAAUCAUUAAAUUCUAAUGGUCUUUCACCCAUGCAAGUAGUUGCUGGUUCAUUUAUUAGUUUUGCAUGUGAUGCAAAUAAAGUUGCAGCAGAUGAAUCAAGAAAUGGUCGAAAUAGUUUAUUUACAUCUCAUCUUCUUCGACAUAUUGAUCAACCUUAUUUAACUAUUGAUGACAUAAUGUGUGAAGUUUGUGAUGGUGUAAUGAAAGAAACAAAUGGUAAUCAAUGUCCAUUCCGAGUAUCUUCAGUUCAAGGGAAAGUUUAUUUAAAUCAACAAUUUACAGCUGGACAAUCAAUUCUUUUCAUUCAUGCUAACAUCAACGCCAAAUGGAAACAACAUGGAAUUACAGUUGCUGGAGGAAAUGGAUAUGGCAAUCAAUUAAGUCAACUUUACUUUCCUUGGAGUAUCUAUGUUGAUGAUGAUCAUCGAACUAUUUAUACUGCUGAUUGGAAAAAUGAUCGUAUUGUUGAAUGGGAAUGUGGAGCACAAAGCGGUGAAGUUGUUGCAGGUGGAAAUGGAUAUGGAAAUCGAAGUGAUCAAUUCAAUUAUCCAAGCGACGUGAUUGUUGAUAAAAAGAAUGAUUCUCUUAUCAUUUGUGAUUAUGGAAAUAGACGAGUGGUACGAUGGUCUCGUCAAAAUGGUACAAAUGGAGAAACAGUUAUUUCUGACAUUGAUUGUUCUCGUCUAACAAUGGAUAAUAAUGGAGAUCUUUAUGUCUCUGACUGUGUGAAGAAUGAAGUAAGACGAUGGAAACAAGGAGAGACAGAAGGAACAAUAGUUGCAGGUGGAAAUGGGGAAGGAAAUCGUCUCAAUCAACUUUAUCGUCCUGCUUAUAUCUUUGUUGAUGAAGACCAUUCAGUUUAUGUAUCGGAUUGUUUGAAUCGUCGUGUGAUGAAAUGGAUGAAAGGUGCAGAAGAAGGUAUUGUUGUUGCUGGUGGAAAUGGUCAAGGAAGUAGUUUAACACAAUUGUCUUGUCCUACGGGAGUAAUUGUCGAUCAUUUGGGUAAUGUUUAUGUGGCUGACAAAAAUAAUCACAGAAUACUGCGUUGGUAUGAAGGAUAUUGCGCAGGUAGUAUUGUUGUUGGUGGAAAUGGAGAAGGAGAACAACCAAAUCAAUUCCGUGGUCCCUCAGGUUUAUCAUUCGACGUUGAAGGGAAUCUCUAUGUUGUCGAUCAGGGUAAUAAACGCAUACAAAAAUUUGAUAUUGAUUCAAAAUUCAAUUUAUAUGAAGAUCGUAGUGAAGUUGCAUCACAUAUUAGUGAGGAUGAUAUGAGUAUGCAAUGCCGUGAAAAACCACUGGUAUUCAAAGAGCAAAAUCAAUUGACUAACAAUCCCCAUAUUGGUGAAGCAAACAAUACGAUGGUUUUAGUCGAGCAGUCACCAACAUACAAACGUCAGUAUAAUAAUCGACCGACAAUUCAUAUAAUCGAUCUUGAACUGCCGCCCAUCGAUUGGGAUUUAUACAUGGUACGAAUGGAGAAAUACAACAUGAAUAGUCACCUUACCGAUGUUAUACGUGACUUGAAUCCGACCAUUCCUCUUUACAUACUUGUGUCUAUGCCACCAUCUGACGUUCUGCAUUACUAUUAUCUUCAGACUUCAUCUAAUGAACAUGCUAACAUAAAUUUAAACGUUAAUGAUCGCAUCACCAACAUCAAUUCGAUUGAUCAGUUCGCCAGCAAACUCUAUGAAGAUUUGGGACAAUAUUAUCGAAAUGAAGCUGAAACAGCCUUAUUUGAUGAUGAAUAUCGAGAUCGAGACGUGGCUAAACAGCUCUUGACGAAAUCGAUAAAAUGUUUUGAAAUAUUAGGACUUUAUAUUGAGAAAACAUUUUAA